CGCAGGAUAAUACCUCUCGAAGGAUUAUAUAAAGCAUCGCGUCGAUUGACAAGCCAUGACAUUUCGUCGGUAGGACCUUCUACUGAAACAUACUCCUAUCUGAGCAACGAGAACGAAAACUCGGUGUGUUAAGAUGACCAAUUACAAAUGUAUACUCGUCGUUGUCAUCCUGUCGUUGGUUAUGAAUGUCGUAUUUUGCCAAACUUUCCAAUAUAGUCGUGGAUGGACUAACGGAAAAAGAUCGGAGACUCCAAAUUCCGCGGAGAUAUCAAAUUCAAUCUUCAACCCUCUGGACGAGGGUUUUACUACCAACGAGCUCAAAAGAUUAAAGAUGUUGGUGCACGGAAAUACCGAUGAACAACCGCUGUUGAUUUAUUGUGAUCUUAUGGAUAAACUGAGAAAAUUGAUGCAUACGGGUAAUUACAUUUCUCAAUUACGCCGUGAAAAAGGACAAAAUGAUGAUAAUUACUGAAACGUAAUUCCGUUGUAAUGGUCGUCGCAAACUGAUUUCUUCUAUCGAUAUGAACUACUUGUAUCAUAAAAAUGUAGUCAUUUAGUUUCAAUCACAUUAAAACAAAUUAUUGCUGCCUCCUUAAGUCUCUGUCUACCAAUAAAAAUUUAUACCCAAGAAUGUGUCACGAAAAGCGUAUCGCAUCCUAUCACUUUUUUAGUGGAAAUCUAGAAAUGCUUAAAUUAUAACUGAAAGGCUUUAUUAAAGCUGUUUAUAUUAGUGUUUGAAAUUGUAGAACCAUUCCAAAAAAUGAAAUUUUGUAAUUCAAUCUAUUUAGAUCUUUUAGAUGCUUCAAGGUGUAUACUCAAAUAAUAUUCUAACUAUAACUGUUUAAGUGAUGUAUAAAAAGGAAAUAAAUAAAAGCUAUUUGCAAUACUA